UCAUCAACAAUAAAACACAAUUCAUCGAUUUGUAAUGAUCAACAACAACAACCGCAACAAUCGCAAUCGCAACAACAACAACAAAAUUAUAAUUAUAAUACAUUUGCCGGUUUUAUACAAACACAUUCGGAUUUAUUAAAAAUUGUAAUGAAUCAAAUGCAAAUUGUAAAAUCAUUAUUAAAAAUUUAUAUUAAUGAUAAAUCGACAAAAGCAGAUAAUCAACAGUAUUCAUCAUCAUCAUCAACAACAACAGCAUCGACAUCAUCAUUAAAUUUUUAUCUACAAACAUAUUUAGAUCAAUUGGAACAAACUAAAUGGCGUUUAGAACGUAUGGUACCGAUACAAACAAAUCAAUCAUUAUCAUCAUCAACAAUUUUCAAACCAAAUAAUCAAACAUUAUCAAAUGAUAAUUUAAAUCCUUUAUUAUCGAAUUUUGAUCUCAUAACAUUACAACAACAACAACAACAUCAUCAUCAACAUUUAUUAUCACAAUCAUAUCAUAAUCAAGAAUUAUUUAAAAAUCAAUUUCAUUUAAAUAAUCAUCAUCAUCGUAAUCAUCAUCAUCAGAAUAAUAAUCAUUUAGAUUUGAAUUUGGAUCAAAGUAUUCGCAAUAGUAGUAAUAGUAGUAAUGGAUCAUCACCUGAAAUUGAUUAUAUUGCAACAACAUCUCCAGAUGAAUUAGGACAACAACAAACGCAGCAACUUUUGUCACCACCAACAUCAACAUCAUCGGCAGCAAUGAAAAUAAUGGCAGCUGCUUGUCAUCAUUUAUUUGCUACAACAAAUGAUCCACAAUCACAAUCGAUACAAGCUGCACAACAAUUUCAAUAUGCAAGAAAUUUAUUUUCAAAUGUUGAUAUUUUUAAUCGAAAUCGUUCAAGCAUAAUAUCACAAUCAUCAUCAACAUUGUUGCCACAAUUGAUGAAUAAAAAUCCAAUGACGACAGCAGCAUCAACGUCAUCAUCAUCAUCAUCAUCAGCAUUUACAGUGGAUAAUCUUCUUAAAACGGUAGCGCAAGUUAAUGGAACAUUUAAUAAUAAUGGUUCGAAAUAGUCUCGAUAUAGUGAAAAAUAGAAAUAUUUUCUAAUGGUGCCAUGAUUACAACAAAAUAAAUUGGUUACAUUGGACACCCAAAA